AAAUGCAUUGAUUAUUGUUCAAUUUGGAUUUACGGCAAUGAAAAUGUUCCGUAUAAUGGUGAAAAUGAGAUAACGCGCGCACACACUUCCCUUGUGUGAUAAUAAUGUGAUGAAUAUUUCAAGCAAGCGCGAACUAGCAUCAAGGGUGUUGCGUUAAUCAACGAAUCAAACAAUUGUGAAUAUAAAUUACCUUUAAUUAAAACAACACAGCGCAUAUCUAUUUUACACAUAUGGAAGCAUACUUUCUCCGUGAGGCAAAUAAGUGGAGUGAUAACUGAAAAAGGUUCAAGAAAUCUAAAAGCUUUAAUUAGAAUGCUUCUUACCGUGAACUUCUAAGGAUGAACGUGUGUAACGGAAGGGAGUGAAAUUCAACUCACACUUCUUACAAACAAAUGUAUCAAUUCUACUCACCAAGCUCAGUAACGAAACAUGUUGGACACACUGAAAUUUCUUCUCUUCGUUAUACUACUGUUCAUUACGAUUAUGCUUAAUCAGAAUGUUACGUCCAAAAAAUCCGGUGAAAGAGAUCUUAGCCAGUUUUGGCGUCUGGAAAACGAAAAUGGAACGCUUAAACUGGAUAAUUUAACAUUGCCUUCCGGGGUGUAUACUGCUCUGGAACAGGGGCUGAUCAUUGAAUCGAUUCUAGAUCUGAAAAACGACAUAACAACGAAAUGGAUCGCUAGGGAUAACUGGACUUUCUCGCUUGAUAUACCGUGUAACCAGGAGGAACUGAAUUAUACGAAUGUUAUACUAACAUUGCAUGGUGUUGAUACGUUUGCUGAAGUUUUUCUAAACGGUGAACUCAUAGGUGAAACUGAAAACAUGUUUGUCCGUUAUCGGUUUAACGUGAAACAAAAACUUAGGAACGAGGUAGGUAAGAGCAAAAAUUUCUCGCGUCUUGCCAUAACAAUUCGAUCGCCAAUAACAGAAGCAAAAUCUCUGUCAACGAGCUAUCAACGUCGGAAAAUAGUUCCCGAAUGUCCACCACCGGUGUACAAUGGAGAAUGUCAUGUCAAUUUGAUCAGGAAAAUGCAAGCUAGCUUCGCCUGGGAUUGGGGACUGGCGGCACCAUCGAUGGGAAUAUGGAAGCCCGUGCGACUUGAAUUUUACAAUUCCAUUAAAAUCAGAGAUAUAACAUUCUCUUUGACUGACGAGGAAACGCACUGGAAGGCUCUGGUGGGAGUUUAUUUGGAAACGGGCACCACACGUAAAAAUGUCAUUGGGACGUUAACUUUCAAAAUAUUUGAAGUGGAGCUAAAUCUAGAAGAACAAAUAGUUUCAGUUAAUAGAACCAGUAGCGAUUCGGGAGAACUAUUGAUAGAGAAUAUUUUGACAAUUCCUAAAGAAUUUGUCAAACUUUGGUGGCCGAAUGGUUACGGUACACAGAAGCUCUACAACUUGUACGUCAAAUGGGAAGACAAUUUAGUCAACAGUAUUAAAGUUCACGAUCGUGAAACACUGAUUGCCGAGAAAGUGAUUCGGAUAGGUUUCCGCAAUAUCAAACUAAGCCAGGAAGAAACUACUGACGGAUUGAUGUUUUACUUUGUAAUAAAUGGUAUACCCAUAUUUAUGAAAGGAUCGAACUGGAUACCAUCAUCCGUACUUCCGGAGAGUUCAUAUGAUGAAAAUUAUGUUAAAUUCUUACUGUAUGCUGCUCACGAUGCGAAUAUGAAUAUGCUCCGAGUUUGGGGUGGGGGAGUAUACGAAAGCGAUUAUUUCUACCAACUGGCCGAUGAACUGGGAAUUCUGCUAUGGCACGACUUAAUGUUCGCUUGUUCAAUGUAUCCUGCAAACGAAGAGUUUCUAGCAAAUGUGGCAAUAGAAGUAAACCAAAAUGUUAGGCGAAUUCAACAUCAUCCUAGUGUAGCUAUUUGGGCAACCAACAACGAAAACGAAGUAGCAUUGAGACAAAAUUGGUAUAAUACGAAUCCGAACGAAGAAGCAUACAUACAAGACUACAAAAAAUUGUACGUGGAAUUGAUCCAAGCGGAGAUUUCCAAAGUAGACAAAUGGAGACCGAUAGUAAUAUCGUCACCUUCAAAUGGAAUUUUAUCCGUGAAAGAAGAUUACAUUGCCCAGAACCCUCAAGAUCCACGAUAUGGAGAUGUACACUACUACAAUUACGUGAUGGAUGGGUGGAAUCCAAUCAUCUACAGAGGAGGACGAUUCAUUUCUGAAUACGGUUUCCAGUCCUUCCCGGCAUUUACUAGCUGGCCAGUGCGCGAUCUCAGCAUUCCGCAGCUAUCGGACUUGAUAAAACAUCGACAACACAGUCCUCUGGGAAACGUACCCAUCCUUCAAAUGAUCGAGAAAAAUCUACCAAUGCCGUCAGUUAAUUCUUCAAGCUAUUGGCGCGACGUUAUCUACCUUAGUCAGGUGUCACAGGCAAUGAUUGUUAAAACUGAAACUGAGGUGUAUCGUUCGAAACGAGUCGAACAAGGCACAAUGGGUGCACUUUACUGGCAACUAAACGAUGUUUGGAUAUCUCCGUCGUGGUCCAGUAUAGAGUAUGGUGGCAAGUUCAAAAUUUUGCACUACUGGUUGAGUGAGGUGUUUGCUCAAAACCACGUGGUAGCGUAUAUAAAUGCACUUAAAAAAUUAGAGCUUUACCUAAUUCGUGACACAUUGGGACCUAGCGAGCAUUGGUCUAUCGAAGUCAAGGUUCAUCGAUGGGACAAAUUUGUACCAGUUGAUCUCAUAGCCUACGAUUCAAUUGUAGUUCCGGAAAAUACUGUAGUCAAAGUAGACACAUUCGAUAUUUAUGAUCGCUUAAGGCAGAACAAUCGAUUAGCAAAGGAUCACUUACUGCGUAUUGAUCUUUACCGUUCCAAAAAGAAAAUUGCGGAAAACUUUGUUUUUCUUGAUAAAAUCAGAAACGCCGAUAGUAUUUCGAAUGUGUCCCUAAGAUUGAAUAUUGUUAGUGUUAACUGUAACAAAGUGUCCAACAUUGUACGUAUUAGCCUAGAAGUGACAAUCGAUUGCCCAGCAGUUUUCGUGUAUCUGGAAUUAACGCCGGAAAAUAGCGCCCUUAAGCAAUGUCAGUUUUCCAAAAAUGGCUUCCUGCAGUUUACACCUAUACAAACCGUUCACAUGCAAUGUGUUGACAUUGGUUGUAAAUCUAAACUAUUAAGUAGUGAUAUAACCCCGUUAACGGUGAACCAAGUAAUGUCACGACAGGAAAUUUAAUUGCAUUCGUGAGUGAGCAAUAAAAAAAAUUAACAUU